AUGGAAGUCUUCUCACUUCAAAGUCUGCUACUACUCUUCUCUGUUUCCCUCUGUCUCUACCUCUACGCUCUCUUCCCUUCCAAAAAGAAAACGACCAAUGACAAGGGCUUCAAGAAUUAUCCCAUAGUUGGGGCCUUACCAGAAUUCAUAAGAAAUCGUCACCGUUUCCUUGACUGGACGACAGAAACCCUCAGUCACUGCCCCAGCAACACCGCUGUCUUUCGCCGUCCUGGCAAAGUCCAUGGCAUCAUCACCGCAAGCCCUUUGAACGUUGAGUAUUUUCUUAAGACGAACUUUGAGAACUACCCGAAAGGCGACAGGUUUAUCGGCCUUCUUGAAGACUUCCUCGGCCGGGGAAUCUUUAACUCGGAUGGUGAGCUAUGGAGAGUCCAAAGGAAAACUGCUAGCUACGAGUUCAAAACAAAGUCACUUCGAAAUUUUGUCAUGGAUAAUGUUGAGGUGGAAAUUUCGACAAGAUUAGUUCCAAUUCUUGCAAAAGCUUCGAAAACAAAGCAGGUGUUGGAUUUGCAAGACAUAUUGGAGAGGUUUGCAUUUGAUAAUAUUUGUAAAGUGGCUUUUAAUGUUGAUCCUGCUUGUCUUGGCGGUGAUGGAACCAGUGGUGGUGAGUUUAUGCGGGCGUUUGAAGAUGCCGCAACACUUAGUUCUGGGAGAUUCAUGUAUGUUCUUCCUCUUUUUUGGAAAAUUAACAAGUUUUUCAAUAUUGGGACAGAGAAAAAACUGAAGAGAUCAAUUCAAAUUGUCCAUAAAUUUGCGGAUGAGAUCAUACAGUGUAGAAUGGAGCAAAAAACUGAAAAGAAAGAUGAAGAUUUGCUAUCCCGGUUUAUAGGAAAAGAUAAGAAUUCAACCGAAUUUCUUAGAGAUAUUGUCACAAGCUUCAUUCUUGCAGGACGAGACACAACUUCCUCUGCUUUGAGUUGGUUCUUUUGGCUAUUAUCAUCAAACCCUGAUGUAGAAAGGAACAUAUUGAAGGAGCUUGAAACAAUUCGGUCACGAAACGGAAAAAAGAUGGGCGAUACUUACAGUUUUGAAGAGCUCCGAGACAUGCAUUAUUUGCACGCUGCAAUUUCAGAGACAUUAAGACUGUAUCCACCCGUACCAGUGGAUACAAAAGCUUGCAAAAGUGAUGAUGUUUUGCCGGACGGUACAUUUGUUGGAAAGGAAUGGUUUGUUACAUAUAAUGCAUAUGCCAUGGGCAGGAUGGAGAGCAUAUGGGGCAAGAAUUGCCGCGAUUUUAUGCCUGAAAGAUGGCUAGAGAAUGGAAUAUGCAGGCAAGAGAGUACAUUUAAGUUUCCGGUAUUCCACGCCGGGCCGAGAAUUUGUCUAGGGAAAGAUAUGGCUUAUAUUCAGAUGAAAUCAAUAGCAGCAUCAGUGAUUGAGCGGUUUGAGAUUGAUGUGCAAAAUAAAGAGAUGUGUCCAGAGCAUUUGUUGUCUUUGACACUAAGGAUGAAAGGUGGAUUACAGGUUGAGGUCAAGGAAAGAUGA